CUCCUUCUUCCACUCCAACAUCCGCUCACCGACCCAAGCUCUCAUUUCUAAGUUUCCACACGCAAUGCCUUCAGAGGGACCGCAGUCGCGUCGAGACGCUACUGAGUCCGUCAAUACAGUCAGGUCGACAAGCAAACCCCUCACAUUGGAGCAUGUCGAUAGCCUGCUGGCUUGCCUAGCCUGUGCCCAAUUCCGCCACGUCGAUUUCACUGGCAUCUCUUCGGUCGAGGCUCAAGGCAAAUUAGGGGCUGGCGGCCAAGCCAGCGUCAUCCAGACUAGAGCAGACAUAGGGACUGUCCUCGCUUUCAGGAAGCACACUCCACCUCCGAAGGGCAUGUUCGGACGCCUCUCCGAAAAAAUCGCGAGCAUUGUUUCAGGGUCUGUUGUCUCGAUCCACCGUGGCUACCGCCAAAUUGCCUGCGAGAUACUAGCCUUGGGACACCCCGAAUUGCGAUCGCAUCCCAAUAUUGUGCAGCUCGUCGCGAUCAGUUGGGAAAUACGAGGACAGUCGGAACAGAAGUUCGAGAUCUGGCCAGUGCUCUUGUUCGAGAAAGCGCCAUACAAAGACCUGGAGCAUUUCAUCCGAGACCCAGAAGAGGACCGAAAGUCUCAGUCCGCCAGCGUAGAGUGCAGGGUGAAGAUUUGUGCAGAGAUUGCGGAUGCUUUGGCAGCUGUACACCGGAACGACAUUGUUCAUGGCGAUGUGAAGCCUGGAAACGUCUUGAUUUUCGGAAACAGCGCGAAUGCCAUCGUGGCGAAGCUCGCCGACUUCGGGUUCGCCACUAUUGGCUCCGAGAACAACAUCGAGGUUGCAAUAUCCGCUCCUUGGACGGCUCCAGAAGUGGGCGAUCGUGAUGGCUAUACCUUGGAGCAAGCGAAGAAGACAGACAUCUACUCAUUUGGAAUACUCUGCCUGUGGGUCGUCUUCAUGGAGAAGCUGGCAGAGAUUGGAUCCAAGAGCGGCCAUUCCGUGGGACACUCGUCAUCCCCCGAUAUUCGCAUCCUGAGCGAGUACAACGUUGCCGAUACACGCAAGAACUCUGUGCAACAGCUCGCCCUUGAUCUUGUGGAGACAGUUGCCUCAGACGACUUGAAGCGGGUUUUGGAGAAACUCUUUCGAGAGACUCUGUCUGUCGAUCCUCGUGAGAGAGCCGAUGCCAUAACCAUCGCAUCGCACUUGACUCAUAACAAGCAAGAGGCACCUCUUGAAGACGACCGAAUCAACGCUUCCACGACAUUCAUCCCCCGUGCCAGCGACUUCAAGGUCCCGGAUGCGCUGCAAUCCCUUUGCCUCGCCGAUCAGCAUGUUCGUAAGGGCGUCUUCGGCGCUCUGAAACUAGCGUAUAAUGCGUCGGAAGAGUCAGAAGAGAAGUCGGAUCUUGCAGUACAGCUUGCCUUCUGCAAGAAAGUCGGCUUUGGGACGGACAAAGACGUUGAUGCAGCGGCCCUCUACCUCCGCGAUGCCGAGACUUUCAUGCCUGAUCGAAACCUCAGCGAGUAUUUGGACAACGCUAUCCUUUCAAGCCGGGAUAAAAAGGAGCCGUCGAACCCUCUGCUGAAGAGACUAUAUGAUACCGGGGUUAUUCUGCCAGUCCACAAUGCGGUGGACUUCCGGCGGUAUUCGGAGACCCAGCAAGAGGCGAUGCGAAAGGCUCGCAAGGAGGAAUAUGAAAACAUGCAAAUGUCUCUUGGCCCAACCCACCCGGCCGUUCUGAAUCUCAAGUGGACGUUUUCGACAAUGUUGAUGGAGAGCGGAGAGUUGGAGCCUAGUGCCGACCUCAGGAAGCGAAGCGACUUCCUCCAGGCUAUUCUGGACGACUUGGCCAGAGACGCUGCCUACGGAGAAAAUCACAUUGACACAAUCACGACGGAGGCUUAUUAUGCUUUAGCUCUUAACAUCACACCUUCCUUUGCCGCGCGGGAAGAAUCUGUAGACCGAUGUCGGAGGAUUCUCCGACGCCUUCGGGAAGUUGGGCGCGACAAUCACGUGAUAGCAGCCAUGACCUGCCAACACUUGUCGGCUACCUUGGGAUCCCUGCUCCGUUUCAAAGACGCCGAAAGAUACCUUGCAGAGGCUAAAAAGCGCACAGGAGUCAUUUUCGGCGAGCACCACGAGAACACUGUAAGGCUACUCAUUGACGAGGCCAGGAACUUCGCGAUGCAAGGGAAUCUCUCCAAGGCAGAAGCCAAACAGCGCGAGUGCCUCAACAGAAUGAUACCGCUGACAGGAGAGAAUUCGAAGGCGAUCCUACCAUUACAGGGGGGACUGGUCGACUUUUUUGUUGCAUUCAGCGAGUUUGAGAAGGCCAACAAAGAACUGCUGUGCGCUAAAGAGAUUUUGAACCAUCAUGGGUUCUAUGAGAGCCAUCCAGGAUACAUGAUCGCCCAUCGAUCGGCCGUUAUUAUCAACAUCGGGCUCGGGAAAUUCCAAGCGGCAUGUGAGGACGCCGACAAAUGUCUUGCAAUCAUGAAAAAGGUCCCAUGGCCACCGCCAACAAAUUUCACACUGCCAGACAUUCCUGAUCCGUCCGUCUUUCCCCGAGACCCAUCUAUGAUGGUGAUUGAGGCCUUCCGGUCUGUUGCCCUCGUGGCUCUACAUCAUGAGGCUGUGGCCGCCGGCCAGCACAAGGAGGCGGCUAGCGCGGAGAAGAUGGCAGAGAAAUGCCUUGAACAGUUGUUGCGCGAGAUAAACCAAUGUCGCGGCCUGGGAGGCAAGACCUCCGGCAGUGCUUCCAACGCAAUGACACCCAGCGGCAGCCAUGGGUGGGCGAACAGCCCCAUGUACCGGGCAAUGGAGGAGGGAUGGUACGUUCCAAUCGAACUGCUAACCGUCGUGGGCGCCGACAACGCGCGUGACGGGCUGCAUUACGACAUGGCUAUCCGAGUAGCCCGCCGACUUGGAAUGGACAGGCCCGCAGGUGUCCUUGAGGAGCAUCAGGCCCUCUGCAGCCCGCCAUCGGCGACCGUCCCGCGGGUUAACCAUCCAUUUGCGGAGCCGGAUGAUCUGGCUAGCUGGAUUACGGGCUAUUGGCGAGGUACGUACCUGUCCAAGCAGGGCGGUCCCCGUAAGGGUCUCAAGUGGAAGCGGACUUUGAGCCUGCAGCGAUGCGGGAACAGAGAUAUGGAAGUAGAAGGGGCAGUAGGAAGCGGACUCGAAAGGACGCUGGGGAUAGAGGGCACCGCCGACGAUGAGGAAGCGGGUUCUUGGACGAUUCGGGGCAAGGUUUCAACAUCGGGAAAGAUCUCACUCUUCUUCCAUCUUACCAACGUUGGCAAAGAAGAGCAUGCGUGGGAGUACACGGGAUUGUUGCGACCAGACCAUGCGGCGUUCGGUGGCCAUUACCGCGCCCAAGGCCUCGACCACACACAAGCUGCGGGCACGUUCUUUUUCUAUAAAGAUUGA